AUGACGCUCUACCGACCAAGCUUAAUCUAUUUCAUCAACACAUCAUUCCGGACAAUAUAUGCCCUCUCUGUUCUACAAAACUUACCUGAUUUCGGAGUGAUCGUUGCAAUCUUGUGGAACAUAUGGAAAGCCAUAAAUAAUUUCAUCUUCCGGCACCACCUUCUUGAUCCACGUAGGGUGGUAGAUCAGUCUCUUGCAACUGCUCAGGCAGCGCCGUCGUCCUCUAUCGCAACCGGCACCACGAAUCAAUCUCAUAUCAGUCCAGCAGAACUCUGGCGACCCCCAGAACCUGGAGCCCUGAAAGUUAACAUAGAUGGGGCAUUUCAACUGGGAGGUUCUGAAGGGACUAUGGCCUGCAUCUUGCGGGAUCAUCAUGGGAGUUUCAUCAAUGGACUUACCCGAAGUUUUCCAGCUUCGUCGGCUUUGCAAGCCGAAUUCCAUGCACUGUCGAUAACUCUUCGCUACUUGAUGGAGAAGAAGCGAGCCUCUGAUCGACUCGUGAUUGGAUCAGACUCCAAAAUCCUCGUUGAUUCGGUGAUGCACCUACUGGAUCCGCCAUGGGAGGUUCGAUCUCUAUUUGCUGAAGCUGCGGCUCUUCUUCGUGAGUUCUCCAAUUUGGGAAUUAGGUUUUGUGAAAGAGGGGCGAAUUUUGGGGCGGAUUGGGCUGCAAAGGCUCAUAAGUCCGGUUCUCUUCCCUCUAACUGGGCCUCCUCGCCUCCUUCUACUUUGUUAGAUAUCUUGUAUGCCGAUGCUCUGGCGGCUAAGUGUAAUAUUCACUCUUUCUAA